CUCAUCCAUCCCAUCCCCCACCCAAUCACAAAAAACAAAUCGACUUAACCCAUGAAAAAGAAAAAGAAAAAAAUCUGACGGAGGCACUGCCUCUCUUUAACAGUCUUUGUACUUCUCCACCCCUUCUCUGGGCUUAUAUAUACCGCCAUUGUUCCUCCGCAACUUUAACCUCCCCAGUCUCUCACCUACGCGAAUAAGGAGGAGGAGGAGAAGAAGAGGAGUUCUGGGUCCAACCCCACAGUCCCAACUCCUCUUCUCCUUCUGCCGUAGCCAAUCUCUCAUCACAGUCGGAUCUCCAAUGGCCAAAUUUCCAUUCUUGAUUUCAGCUUUGGUUGUGAUGUUCUCUCCGUUAUUGUUCAUCCGAGGGGUGGAACCGACAACCUUUACGGUCGUGAACAAGUGCGAUUACACGGUGUGGCCGGGGAUACUGGCAAAUGCCGGCAAGCCGGCGGUUUCCACCACCAGCUUCGCCCUCCAGAAGGGCGAGUUCCGAGCCAUCUCCCCCCGAACAAAUGCAGGGAGGCCAUCGGAGGCAGAAACGAGAAGGGGAAGGUAAUAAUAAUAGACAUAGUGAUAAGUGACAAUGAUGACGGAGAAUCAACCAGCACGAAGCUCUACUUCGAUCUGUUGAUGAUGACAGUGGCCAGAGGAAGAGAGAGGACUGAGAAAGAAUGCGAGCAAAACUUCCUUGAGGCAGGGUUUAGACGCUACAAGAUCAGACCAACAUUCGGAUUGAGGUCCCUUAUUGAGGUUUAUCCUUGAAAAGAAAAUAAUAGGCAUCUUGUAUUGUGGAUUUGCCUCAUUGGGAAAUGUGAAUGUCAGUUCAUGUGUAGGUCUGAUUUGAUUUCAAGCAAGCUUUUUGCAAUAAUAUUGUCAUGCUGUUGAUCUUUUUUCUUAA